ACACUCUCUUUAGUCCCUCCUUCCCCAAAGAAGCUCAAAGCUUACAACUUUGCUCCCAAAAAUGGCAGCAGAGAUGGCGCUGGUGAAACCCAUCUCCAAAUUCAGUUCCACCACACCCAAAUUUGGCAGCCCCAAAAGCAGACUCUCAUACCCAAAGUUCACCACCAUUAAAAUGACAGCCACUUCACAGCCAACCACAGCAAAGCCAAGCAAGAAAGCUGCAAAAACUGCACCCAAGGAGACCCUUUUGGCACCAAGGUUCUACACCACAGAUUUUGAUGAGAUGGAGACGCUCUUCAAUACUGAGAUUAACAAGAAUCUCAACCAGGAUGAGUUUGAGGCUCUGUUGCAGGAAUUCAAGACUGAUUAUAACCAGACUCACUUUGUCAGGAACAAGGAGUUCAAGGAAGCUGCUGACAAAAUGCAAGGGCCUCUCAGGCAGAUUUUUGUGGAGUUCUUGGAGAGGUCUUGCACUGCUGAGUUCUCUGGAUUCCUUCUCUACAAAGAGCUCGGCAGGAGGCUCAAGAAAACCAAUCCAGUGGUAGCUGAGAUUUUCUCUCUAAUGUCCAGGGAUGAAGCCAGGCAUGCAGGGUUUUUGAACAAGGGUUUAUCUGAUUUUAACUUGGCAUUGGAUUUGGGUUUCCUGACGAAGGCUAGGAAAUACACAUUCUUCAAGCCCAAGUUCAUUUUUUAUGCUACCUAUUUAUCUGAGAAAAUUGGGUACUGGAGAUACAUCACCAUUUACAGGCAUCUCAAGGCCAAUCCUGAGUACCAAUGCUAUCCUAUUUUCAAGUACUUUGAGAACUGGUGCCAGGAUGAGAAUCGCCAUGGAGAUUUCUUCUCUGCAUUGAUGAAGGCACAGCCCCAGUUUCUCAAUGACUGGAAGGCCAAGCUUUGGGCUCGAUUCUUCUGCCUUUCGGUCUACGUGACUAUGUACCUAAAUGACUGCCAGCGCACAGCUUUCUAUGAAGGCAUUGGACUUAACACUAAGGAAUUUGACAUGCAUGUCAUCAUUGAGACAAACCGUACAACGGCUAGGGUUUUCCCAGCUGUGCUCGAUGUUGAGAACCCAGAAUUCAAGAGGAAGUUGGAUCGGAUGGUCGAGAUUAACGAGAAACUGAUUGCAGUUGGACAGAGCGAGGAGAGUUCCUUGGUCAAGAACUUCAAGAGAAUUCCCCUUGUUGCAGCAUUGGUUUCUGAGCUCUUGGCAGCAUAUCUAAUGCCACCAAUAGAGUCUGGAUCAGUCGAUAUCGCUGAGUUCGAUCCACAGCUUGUGUAUUGAAUAUUGAUACUCCUUUUUUUCAACUUUCAUCCCUUCUUUUCAUGUUUAGCUUGAGUACUGCAUCAUAGUUACAUUGCAGGGCUGGACCUAUGAAACUGAGGAAUCAUACUUAUGAAGAGCGCAUAUUUAUUUCUUCUAAUGAUAGUGCACACAUUUUCA